CCGCCUCCCGCCGGGUUCGGGCAGGGCCGGGUCAGCGCGGCGCGGCGGCCUCGGCUCGGAGAGCGGCGCGGCCCCAUGGCUCCGGAUUUAUAACCGCGGCGCGAAUGGAGGGGCCGAGCCCCCGCGUCUCUCGUUGCCCGGCCGGGCGCUGAGGCGGCCCCGCAACGGGAGGAGGAGCGCGGCGGUCGGCGGCCAUGGGGGGCGGCGGUCGGCGGAAGGCGUAGUUGUUGCGCGACGAGGAAAGCACACUCAUGAUGAAGAGGAGCUCUUGGCUCUCCUAAUCUUCUGUUGGUGAUUUGGAAGCAGCCACCGCCACGUCUGCUCUUUCGACAUGUCUGGAUCUACUCAGCCCGUGGCACAGACCUGGCGUGCCACCGAGCCGCGCUACCCCCCGCACGCCAUGUCCUACCCGGUGCAGAUCGCCCGGCCGCACGCGGACGUCGCACUGCUGGAGUACCAGCACCAUUCCAGGGACUACGCUUCGCACCUCCCGCCCGGGUCCAUCAUGCAGCCGCAGCGGAGGAGGCCGUCCCUGCUCUCCGAGUUCCAGCCGGGCAAUGAAAGAUCUCAGGAGCUGCACCUGAGGACCGAGGCUCAUUCCUAUCUCUCUGACCUGACCAAGCCAUCGGAUUUGGAGUUCAUCGAAACGAAGCGGCCGCGCCUGGAGCUGCUGCAGGACCCGCUGCUGCGGCACUCGCCCCUCCUGAGCCAGGGCCAGCAGGCGGGCGGCGAGGAGCUGCCCAAGGACCGUGGCCUGCCUGGCAAGCUGGAGCCAGUGUCUCCUGUCAGCCCCGCGCACCCCGAGGCUGAGCUGGACCUGCUGCCGGCCCGGCUGUCCAAGGAGGAGCUCAUCCAGAACAUGGACCGCGUGGACCGCGAGAUCACCAUGGUGGAGCAGCAGAUCUCCAAGCUGAAGAAGAAGCAGCAACAGUUGGAGGAAGAAGCAGCCAAACCACCAGAGCCUGAAAAACCCAUCUCCCCCCCUCCUAUCGAAUCCAAACAUCGCAGCUUGGUGCAGAUCAUCUACGACGAGAACAGGAAGAAGGCAGAAGCUGCCCACCGCAUCCUGGAAGGGCUGGGUCCGCAGGUGGAGCUGCCGUUAUACAACCAGCCUUCAGACACCAGGCAAUACCAUGAAAACAUUAAAAUAAACCAGGCAAUGCGGAAGAAGUUAAUUUUGUACUUUAAGAGGAGAAAUCAUGCUCGCAAACAGUGGGAACAGAAGUUCUGCCAGCGCUAUGACCAGCUGAUGGAGGCCUGGGAAAAGAAAGUGGAGCGCAUUGAAAAUAACCCCCGGCGCCGUGCCAAGGAGAGCAAAGUGCGGGAAUACUAUGAGAAGCAAUUCCCUGAGAUCCGGAAGCAGCGGGAACUGCAAGAGCGCAUGCAGAGGUUAGAGGAGAAGCGCAGGGUAGGACAGAGGGGCAGUGGAGGGCUCUCCAUGUCGGCUGCACGCAGUGAGCACGAGGUGUCGGAGAUCAUCGAUGGGCUCUCAGAGCAAGAGAACCUGGAGAAGCAGAUGCGCCAGCUCGCCGUCAUCCCACCCAUGCUCUACGAUGCUGACCAGCAGCGCAUUAAAUUCAUCAACAUGAACGGCCUCAUGGACGACCCCAUGAAGGUCUACAAGGACCGGCAGGUGAUGAACAUGUGGAGCGAGCAGGAGAAGGAGACCUUCCGGGAAAAGUUCAUGCAGCACCCUAAGAACUUUGGCCUGAUUGCCUCCUUUCUGGACAGGAAGACGGUGGCAGACUGCGUCCUGUACUACUACCUGACCAAGAAGAAUGAGAACUACAAGAAUCUCGUGAGGAGGAAUUACCGGCGGCGUGGGAAAAGCCAGCAACAGCAGCAAAUGCCCCGGAGCAGCCAAGAAGAGAAAGAUGAAAAAGAGAAAGAAAAGGAGAAGGAGGGAGACAAGGAGGAAGACAAACAGGAAACAGAAAAUGACAAAGAAGAACUGACAAAGGACAAAAACGACGACACGUCCGGGGAAGACAACGAUGAGAAGGAAGCCGUCACCUCCAAAGGCCGCAAAACCGCCAACAGCCAGGGCCGGCGCAAGGGCCGCAUCACCCGCUCCAUGGCCAACGAAGCCAACAGCGAGGAGGCGGCCACGCCGCAGCAGAGCGCUGAGCUGGCCUCUCUGGAGAUGAAUGAAAGCUCUCGCUGGACUGAAGAGGAGAUGGAAACGGCAAAGAAGGGUCUCCUUGAGCAUGGGCGGAACUGGUCGGCCAUUGCCAGGAUGGUGGGCUCCAAGACCGUGUCGCAGUGCAAGAACUUCUACUUCAACUACAAGAAGAGGCAGAACCUGGAUGAGAUCCUACAGCAGCACAAACUGAAAAUGGAGAAAGAAAGAAAUGCUAAGAGAAAGAAGAAAAAAGGCACCGCCACUCAGAACGAGGAAGCUGCCUUCCCUCCUGUGGCUGAGGAUGAGGAGAUGGAGGUGUCGGGAACGAGUGGCAACGAGGAGGAGAUGGCUGAGGAGGCCGAAGCUGCAGUAAAUAACAGCUCCGACACCGAGAGCAUUCCCUCGCCAAGGCCCGAAGCCAAAGAGGGAGGCGAAAGCGGGGCCAAGGCACCGCCCGGGCCGGGAGGUGACUCCGGCACGGAACCGGCGCUCAAGUUGGAAGAGGCUCCCACACCCCCCGACACCGCUGCGGCCCCCGCUGCCCCCGCCACCAACCCCGCUCCCACCGCCAGCCCUCCUCCGGAGGCCCCCAAAGCGCCCGGCAGCGAGGAGAAGGCGCAGGAGGAGCUGGUGGUAGACGUGGUGAAAACGGAGGAGCCGGAGGAGAAGGCGAGCGAGGAGCCCUGCAAGAGCGAGGUGAAGGAGGAGGGCGAGGACAGCCAGGAGAAGGACAAGGGGAAUGACAAUAAGGCAGAAAGUGGCGUCGGCAGCGUGGGGACGGCGGAGGCUGAGGGGACGCCCAAGGCCGAGAAGAAGGAGGGCCAUAAAGGCAGCAAAGGCCAAGGGGUGAACCCUGACAGCGACUCGAGCGCGACCUGCAGUGCCGAUGAGAUGGACGAGCAGGAUGCCGUGGACAAGAGCAGGUUGCUGUCCCCCCGGCCCAGCCUGCUCAAUGCCGCCAGCGAGGCCAGGCUGAACUCCUCGCCACAGAAACCGCUGGACCUGAAGCAGCUGAAGCAGCGCGCUGCUGCCAUCCCUCCCAUCAUUUCCGAAGGAUUCUCAGAGGGGAUACUGCAGAGCGGAAGCGUGAAGCCCCCGGUGCCUCCCCACGCCUUGGCUCUCUACCAGCAGCAGAUCACAAAGGCCCACGAGUCCUCCCGUGAGGAUGUGCCCCCCAGCAAGCAGCAGGAGAAGGAGCAGCAGCAGCCAAGCAGCAGCCCGAGGGGGAAGAGCAGGAGCCCCACUGCCGGGGACAAGGAAGAAAAAUCCGUGCAUUUCCCAUCCCUCGCAGAGGCUCAGAAGCUGGGCACGGAGCCGCCGCCCACCUCGUGCUGGCCCCCCGUCCUGUCCUACUCCCGGGAUGUGAUAAAAACCUCUCCCCAGGCAGAGCCUCACCUGUUCCAGUAUAACCCACCAGGUCACCCUAUCCCGCUCAACCUGCACGAGAGCUCCCGCUCGGGGCUGCAGAGGCUGGCGGGCAUCUCCAACCCUCCUCCUCUCAUCUCCUCCACCAAGCAUCCCUCUGUGCUGGAGAGACCUGUCGGCUCCAUCUCCCAGGGAAUGCCCAUCCAGCUCCACACACCCUACAGCUCCGAGCACGCAAAAGUUCCCGUCGGCUCCAUCACCAUGGGCCUGCCCCUGACAAUGGAUCCCAAGAAACUGGUGCCUUUUCCUGGAGUAAAGCAGGAACAACUCUCUCCCAGAAGCCAGGCCAGCCAGCCUGAAAGCCUGGUGAUGCAGCCGGCCCCAGAGGGCUCCGUCCUGCGGGGUACAUCCCUCAGCUCUGCCUCAGGAGGGAGCAUCACCAAGGGGACACCCACAUCCAGACCCCCUCCAGAGUCGCCCAUCACGUACCGAGGCUCCAUCACACAUGGCACCCCAGCAGAAGUGCUGUACAAAGGAACCAUUACCAGGAUAAUCGGAGAAGACAGCCCCAGCAGAGCGGAGAAAGUGAGAGAGGAUGCCAUGCCAAAAGGACAUGUCAUUUACGAGGGGAAGAAAGGCCACGUGCUGUCCUACGAUGGUGGAGUUGCUGCUUCUCAGUGUCCCAGAGAAGACAGCAGGAGCUCAGGAGCUUCACAUGAGCCCACGGGAACCAAGCGGACCUACGAUAUGAUGGAGGGGAGGAUCAGCCGUGGCUUGUCGUCCCGGGAUCCGCUGUCUGCCAGCAUUGAAGGUCUCAUGGGUCGAGCCAUCCCUCCAGACCGACACAGUCCCCAUAACCUGAAGGAGCAGCACCACAUCCGGGGCUCCAUCACACAAGGAAUACCUCGGUCCUACGUGGAGGCCCAUGAGGACUACCUCAGAAGAGAAGCCAAACAGCUCAAGAGGGAAAACACUCCACCACGGGACUUAUCCGAUGCGUACAAGGUCAGGUCUCACGAGGGCCUUACUCCCCUGAAAAUGAAGCCAGCCCAUGAAGGCCUGGUGGCCACAGUGAAGGAAGCAGGGAGGUCAAUCCAUGAGAUCCCCCGAGAGGAGCUGAGGCGGACACCAGACAUCUCUCUGACGAGGCCUCUGAAGGAAGGCUCCAUCACACAGGGUACCCCACUGAAGUACGACAGCGGCUCUUCCUCAUCGAGUACCAAAAAGCACGAUGUGCGGUCCAUCAUAGGCAGCCCUGGGAGGACUUUUCACUCUGUGCACUCAAUGGAUGUCAUACAAGACCCAAGGAAUCUGGAGAGAGCUUACGAAGAAAGCCUGAAAAGCAGGCCGAGCCCAGUGACCAACUCGGGUGGCUCAAUUGCCAGAGGAGCUCCUGUGAUUGUACCUGAGCCAGGAAAGCCCCACCAGAGUGCCCUCGCCUACGAGGACCACCAGGCUGGGCACAGCACAGCAUUCAGCAGCCACUUGCACAGAGGGUCUCCGGUCUCCACAAGGGAAUCCACGCCACGGCAGCAUGAAGGGAGCAUCACUGCUGGGAAGCCAGUGUCCCAGGACAGAAAAAUCACCCCCACGUCGAGAGAGCUCACCAACUCCAAGUCUCCACAUGCCCCUGUGCCCGACCACCACCACCCCAUCUCCCCCUACGAGCACCUGCUGCGUGGUGUGAGCGGGGUUGAUUUGUACCGAGGACACAUCCCGCUGGCUUUUGACCCUGCUGCCAUCCCAAGGGGAAUCCAACUGGAAGCAGCCGCUGCUUACUACCUGCCGAGACAUCUGGCUCCGAGCCCCACGUACCCCCACCUCUACCCCCCGUACCUCAUCCGGGGGUACACGGACACGGCCGCCAUGGAGAACCGACAGACCAUCAUCAACGACUACAUCACGUCGCAGCAGAUGCACCACAACGCUGCAGCCACGGCCAUGGCGCAGCGGGCAGACAUGCUGCGCGGCUUGUCGCCCCGUGAGCCCUCGCUCGCCCUCAACUAUGCAGCAGGAAUCAUUGACCUGUCCCAAGUGCCACACCUGCCUGUCCUCGUGCCCCCCACCCCUGGCACCUCUGCCACCUCCAUGGACCGCAUCACCUACAUUCCCGGCCCCCCCCAGACCUUCAGCAGCCGGCACAGCAGCUCCCCGCUCUCCCCAGGAGGUCCCACGCACUUGACCAAACAGUCGGGAUCGUCAGAGCGGGAACGAGAUCGGGAGCGUGAGCGUGAGAGGGAGCGUGAAAAAUCCAUCCUCGUUUCCACCACGGUGGAGCACGCGCCUAUCUGGAGACCUGGUACAGAGCAGUCCAGUAGCCGUUCCUCCUCGCACUCUCACAGCCACCAGCACUCUCCCGUCUCACCCCGCACCCAUGAGACCAUCCAGCAGCGCCCCAGCGUGCUCCACAACACGAGCAUGAAGAUCAUCUCCUCGGAGACCCCCACUCCUUCCGUCCUGCGAACCUCCUCCACCACUACCACGUCACCCAUCCGCUCCGCAGCCUUCCCCUCAGCCUCCACGCUGCGCUCCUCCAUCAGCGCGGCAGACGGCUAUGCGGCCAUGCUGGACCCGGCCGUCCUGCAGAAAGAGGCCUCAAGGGCACGGGAAUCAAAGGCAGAGCGAGCCCAGACCGACAGCAACGUCUUCACCUCAAAGCUGCCCAGCGGGGCUAGCCUCGAACAGUCGCCUUCACCUAUUAAAGCCAUGGAGUCGAGGCCUUUACCUUCCUCCGGACCCGGUUCUUCUCAUCACUAUAGCAGAGGACAGGGGAAAAGCCAGCAGCACCACCACCCUCUGGACCAGCAGCACGCAGCCUCGGGCCCUGAGCACAGUAGAGAAAAGAGUCAAAGUAAACCCUUUUCCAUGCAGGAACAGGAGCUCCGAGCACUCGGCUUUCACAGCGGAUACAGCCCUGACCGGAUCGAAGCCGUGAGUCCUGUCAGCUCGCCCAGCCUAUCCCAUGAGAAAGGGGCCAAGCUGCUGCAGGACAUGGAGAAGGGGCACGGGGAGCACGACCCAAGACAGAAACAGCAAGCCUCUCUGAAGGCCUCAGGCCCUGAAGCAGCCCACCUGCAGCACCUCCGGCAGCCUGACGGCCCGCAGCCCCAGUGCCAGCCCCUGCAGUCCAGCCAGAGCGUCAAGGGCAUGAACCAGCGGGUGGUCACACUGGCCCAGCACAUCAGUGAGGUCAUCACCCAAGACUACACGCGCCAUCACCCCCAGCAGCUCAAUUCCCACAUCCAGACCCCAGUGUACUCCUUCCCUGGGGCUGCGUGCCCCGUACUGGACCUGCGCCGCACCCCCAGCGAGGCAUACCUGCAGCAGCAAGAGCAUGCAGUGGCUUCCAGGAUCUCCCCACAGAACGAAGGAGGCAAAAGGUCCCCGGAGCAGAGCAAAGCCUCAGCUGGCGGCGGGUCGGACAACUGUAUCGAGCCCGUGUCUCCACCAGACGGCGUGGGAGAAGCGGAGCACGCCAAGAGCGCCACGUACCCGAUCCUGUACCGUGAGGGCGAGCAGCUGGACCAGAGGAUGGGGUCCAAGUCCCCAGGAAACAACACUCAGCCUCCAGCUUUCUUCAGUAAGCUGACAGAGAGCAACUCUGCCAUGGUGAAGUCCAAGAAACAGGAGAUCAUCAAGAAGCUCAGUACGACCAACAAAAAUGAGACGGAGUACAAUGUUGGGCAGCCUGGGACAGAGAUUUUCAAUAUGCCAGCGAUUACUGGAGCAGGGCUAAUCAGUUGUAGGAGCCAGUCGGUCCAAGAGAAUUCCAGUACCAACAUGGGGUUGGAGGCAAUAAUUAGGAAAGCCCUAAUGGGUAAAUAUGACGAGCAGUGGGAAGAGCGCUCACCUCUCAGUGCCAAUGCUUUUAACUCUCUGAAUGCCAGUGCAAGCCUGCCCGCUGCUAUGCCCAUAACUCCUGCUGAUGGACGAAACGAGGACGUGCGCUCCUUGCCAGCAGGAGGGGGGAAGCCAAAGAUCGCCGCCAGACCCAACAGCCGCAAGGCCAAGUCGCCGGCGCCCGGCCUGUCCUCUGGUGAGCGGCCGCCAUCCGUCUCCUCGGUGCACUCAGAGGGGGACUGCAACCGGAGGACGCCCCUCACCAACCGUGUCUGGGAGGACCGGCCGUCAUCCGCAGGCUCGACGCCGUUCCCCUACAACCCGCUCACCAUGCGGCUCCCCAGCGGGGUGGUGACAGCGGCCCCGGCUGUGCCACUGCCACAAGGAACGCCUGGCGGGCAGCACCAUGCCUGGGACGAGGAGCCCAAGCCCCUGCUCUGCUCCCAGUACGAGACCCUUUCGGACAGUGAAUGAGGCGAGCCAGGGGCAGGGAGACGGCGACCAAAACGAAGGCGCGGGGAGCGAGGUGCCCGGGGCCUGGCCCCGCUGGCUCUCAUGAGCAAAGAUGCAGGAGCAGAGCUUUUUUUUCGGUUUUUAAUUUUUCUUUCUUUUCCUUCCUCUCCCAACCGGCCAGUUUGGUGGGGAUUGUGGGGAUUAUUUUUCUUUGUUUUUUUGUUUUUUUGUUUUUCCUGUGUUUUUUUUUGUUGUUGUUGUCGUUGUUCUUGUUGUUCUCAACAUCUGGAAACGUCUGCAUCUUCUUCAGUCUAAGAAAGAAAAAAGAAGCCUUAACGAGACAAAACCCAAGGAUCCCAUCUUUGUCCUUGCCAGCAUUGCUGGGCAGUGACCCUGCACACCAUGUCCCAGGGCUGCGCGCACACAGACGCUCUGCUCCAUGGCGCCGGGCUCCGUGGGGCCGUGCCACGGAAACACAAAACCUUGAAACGGUUUAACAACAACAAAAACAAAAGAUUUAAAAUGCUUCAUAGGAUUGAACCCGAUUUGGUUUCCCUCGGCAGGGUGGGAGCUGCCAUCCCCGCCGCGCAGGACGCGUCAGCUCAAUGCGCUUUGCACGCAGCUGGGGGAGCAGGGAGGGCGUGAAGAGCCAUUUCUGAGAAUAUUGCUUGUCCCUUCGGUGGCAGAGGGCCUGGGCUCCAUCGGUGUGGGAGGAGAUUCCCCGUGCUGCCCGCAGACGGGCUCGGUUGCUUUAAGUGCAUUGUUUUCUGAAUGGUGAGAAAAGGCAAUUGUAAAUUGUAUUGGUCUACAGGGUAUAUUUUUGAUACCUUCGGUGAAUUAUGUCGAUAUUUUACGCAAGGAAGGACUUAAACAAAACACAGUAUUACAUGCUGUAAAAGAGGUUCUGUUCUUACACGCAGGCUUUGAUGUGUUUGUCCAUUGUAUGGAAAUGUUUAAAAAAAAAAAAAAAAAAAAAAAGAGAUGGUAACAGUGAUCCAUCAAAGUCAUCUGUAAGUCAGGAGAAUGUAUAAACUUAGUUUAAAAAAUAAUCUUGCCAUGGUUGCAGGGCCCCCAUGACGUACACCGCUGCUGACUGAGCAGAAAGCCUUUGCUGGUUGCAGGCAUUGGUUCUCCAGAGCCCUCCGGAGCUGCCGGGUGUGGGGCAGCGCGGCAGGGAGCCAGCGGGGCAGGGAGCUCACAGGAGAAUUUAAAAAGAAAAAAAAAAAAAAAGGAAAAAAAAAAAGUUUUUAUUGUAUUUUUGUGAUACACAUGAAUGCUCUACUUUACAUUAUUUUUUUCAUUCCAUGAUGUUGGAUCAUAUCUGCAGUUACAUGGUUAAAGAACAAAAAUAUUAGACUUUUUUUUUUUUU